AUGUGGGUAUGCAAUCUGUGCCGAAAACAACAAGAAAUCCUCACCAAGUCAGGAGCGUGGUUCUUCAGCGGUUCUGAGGGGUCCAAAUCAGGGCCCCAAGCCAAAGUGAGGGGAGGCCCAGUCGGAGCAAGCCAGGACCUUCUCAGAAACGGUUUGGGGAUCCCCGCAGAAAGAAAAAGAAGCCCAUCAGCAUCCAGGGAUCCAAACGCUGUGUAUAACCAAAGGGAAGGGAAAGGAGGAUUGCAGUAUGCCCCGGCUGAAGGUGGCAUGCCCAGCUCUCCGUCAGACUACGGACGGGACCCUGGCCAUUCGCCAAGGAGUUCAAGGAUGUAUGACGAGGUGGGUGGUUAUCGAGACAGUCGAGGACGCUGGCACUCCCAAGGCCAGCAUUUGGAUGGCCAGUUAGACGACUAUGAAAUCCAGAGGCGCCGUGAAGAGGAGUACCAAGCCCGAUACCGCAGCGAUCCCAACCUGGCGCGCUACCCAGUCAAACCCCAGCCUUACGAGGAGCAGAUGCGCAUCCACGCCCAGGUGUCACGGGCUCGGCAUGAACGCCGCCAUAGCGACGUCUCGCUUGCCUACACAGAACUUAACGAGCCAUUGCAUGGCCCUGAUGAGCGGAAGUCUCGCCUCCCUCUAUUGGGCCGCCCAAGUCAACGCUCGUACUCGGUGGACAGGAACUCACCAGGACAUCGGACAUCCAACCAUAGCCCACCAACGCCACACCGCAGCCCUGUGCUGGGCGACAGCCGGCGAGGGCUGGGAGAUCCUGCAAGAAAACACAAACCCCAACAGCAUCAUUUGGAUCCUAGCUCAGCCAUGUGCUGGAACAAAUGGGACAAAAUGGAUAACAUGCUGCGAAAUGACUCUUUAAGCUCGGACCAAUCCGAAUCAGUUCGACCUCCGCCACCCAGACCCAACCGUAGCAAGCGUAUUGGCAAGCUCAGAACCAUGGGUAGCUUCAGUAGCUCGGAGGAGGAGCUGGCUACCACUCCGGAGUACACAAGCUGUGAAGACGUGGACCUGGAAAGUGAGUCCAUCAGUGAAAAAGGAGAUAUGGAUGGUCACUGGUGGGACCAUGCGUCUUGGCAUAGCGAGGUCUCCUCUUUGUCUAUGCACCCGGUGACAUGGCAACCAUCCAAAGAUGGAGAGCGCCUAAUAGGGCGUGUAGUGCUAAACAAACGGAUGAAAGAUGGCACAGUGCCCCGAGAUACAGGGGCAUUGCUUGGCCUGAAGGUGGUGGGAGGGAAGAUGACAGAGUCUGGGAGACUUUGUGCAUUCAUCACGAAGGUGAAGAAAGGAAGUCUGGCAGAUACUGUCGGCCAUCUGAGACCAGGUGAUCAGGUUCUAGAGUGGAACAGGAGGGUCUUGCAGGGAGCCACAUUCAAGGAAGUUUACAAUAUCAUUCUAGAAUCCAAGCCUGAGCCGCAGGUGGAGCUGGUGGUCUCACGGCCCAUAGGAGAUGUUCCUAGAAUACCAGAGAGCACACAUGGACAACUUGAAUCAAGUUCAAGUUCCUUUGAAUCCCAAAAAAUGGGACCGUCCAUCUCUGUCACGUCCCCCGUGAGUCCUGGCAUGCUCCGGGACACCCAUCAGUAUCUGUCUGGACAGCUCUCGAGUCCAUGCCUUAGUAGAAGAACCACGCCUUUUGUCCUUAGGGUCCAGGUGAAGCUCUGGUAUGAUAAAGUGGGACAUCAACUCAUUGUUACAAUCCUGGGCGCCAAAGACUUGCCUGCACGAGAAGACGGGCGGCCCAGGAAUCCCUACAUCAAAAUCUACUUCCUCCCCGACAGAAGUGACAAAAGCAAGAGAAGAACAAAAACGGUGAAGAAAUCUCUGGAGCCCAAGUGGAACCAGACAUUCAUGUACUCACCAGUGCACAGACGAGAGUUCAGAGAGCGUAUGCUGGAGAUCACGCUGUGGGAUCAGGCCAGAGUCCGAGAGGAGGAGAGCGAGUUCCUGGGAGAGAUUCUAAUAGAGCUGGAGACAGCGCUCUUGGAUGAUCAACCUCACUGGUAUAAGCUACAAACACAUGACCUUUCCUCGGUGCCCCUGCCUAACCCCUCACCCUACAUGCAGAGGCGACUCCUACCUGGAGAGAGCCCCACGCGCAAGUUACAAAACAAAGGCCCGUAUUAUUACAACUCAGGGUCACAGCGAAUCAGUGAUGGCGAGUUCUCUGAUUACGACUGUGAAGAUGGGAUUGGUGUUAUCUCAGAUUACCGGCACAAUGGCAGGGAUUUCCAGAGCUCUACUCUGUCUGUACCUGAGCAGGUCAUGUCGUCCAAUCACUGUUCACGAUCAGACAUGAUUCGCACACGCUCACGGUCACCCAGCGUCCCUCCCCCACAAAGUCGAAGUUUAGAUCACGGUGUGAGAGGAUUACCAUCGCAUUACGGCCCCCGACAUCGACUGUCAGAGGACAGAUACUCACCGGACAGGUAUAGCCGCAGCAUGGUGGACAGCCAUGACAAUUACAGGUCAAGAUCAGCUGACCAGCGGCCCAUGAUGGAUCGACCGGUCUACACUCGCUCCCGCUCGUCCGAGCGACCCGACUCUGGCUACAUGAGAUCCAUGCCAUCCUUAACAUCAGGGAGAUCUGCCCCUCCCUCUCCUGGCUUAACGAGGGCAAACCCCCGGAUAGGAUCGGUCCAGACAAGUCCCACCAACAUGCCAGUAUCCAGUUGGAGAGGUCGGCAGCUACCUCAGGUCCCACCCAAGGGAUCUAUUGACAGAAGUACUUUGAAGGAUCCAUCAAAGCGUGGAAUAGACAGUCUCUCUAUGAGGUCAUCGGACAGUGACGUGAGUGACGUGUCCGCUAUGUCGAGUGCGUCUCGUCUUAGCAGCACGAGCUACAUGUCUGUCCAAUCGGAACGAACGCGGUCCAACCGCAGAAUCAGUCAGAGCGAGGAGGGGACUGUAGUGGUGGAAGAACAGGUGCAAGCAGUGAAAGGAAGUGCUCUAGGGGCAGGACAGGAAGGGGAGGUGGGUGAGGCUGCCGAGAACCCAGAGCAGGAAGAAGAGGAGGAACCUGAGAGGGCUCAGACCGCCACGCCUGGCUCCAACAUCACCAAGAGCUCCAGUGUGGGCGGAGACAUGUGCUCACUAGGCCGGAAUGAUGAUGAGGACGAUGACAAGAAGAGGCGCUCCAGUUUUGGGGCAAAGAUGGCAGCAAUGGUGGGACUGGGAAAGAAAAGCCAAAGUACAUCCCAACUGGACCCAGAGGAGGAGGGGAAAAAGAAGAAGACGGUGCGUCUGGCGAUCCAACGGAGUGUGGAGACCGGUUUAGCCGUUGAGAUGAAGAGCAGAAUGACACGGCAGCCCAGCCGAGAGACCACAGAAGACGGUGAAAAGGCAAAACUUGGAAAUCUCAUCUUCCCUGGGGUGAAGAUCUCAUCAGAUAGCCAGUUCACAGAGUUUUUAGAUGGUCUUGGCCCCGCCCAGCUGGCAGGAAGACAGACGUUGGCCACGCCUCCUAUGGGUGACAUCCAGAUUGGUAUGGUCCACAGGAAGGAGAGGCUGGAUGUUGAAGUUAUUCGGGCCAGAGGUCUGGUGGGAAAACCAGGCAACAAACAGACGCCAGCACCCUAUGUGAAAGUAUAUCUGCUAGACAACGGCAAGUGUAUUAACAAGAAGAAAACACGGACAGCGCGAAAAACGCUGGAUCCACUUUACCAACAGCAGCUUCAGUUUGAGGAGAACCCUGAAGGGAAGGUUUUGCAGAUCAUUGUUUGGGGGGACUAUGGCCGCAUGGACCACAAAUCCUUCAUGGGAGCCGCCCAGAUCCUAUUAGAUGAUUUAGAGCUGACCAACAUGGUGAUUGGCUGGUACAAGCUCUUCCCUCCCACCUCAUUGGUGGACCCGACAUUGGCACCUUUAAGUACCAAACCUCCAGAAUCUGGCCCGGGCCGCUCCAAUGUUCGGUCGUAGCGGCACGAGGAGGUCAGCGAUGGAUACAGUGACGUGAGUAGCUACAGCUACAAACAGAGAGGAGACAGUCUAGACGGGUCACGUCCUGGUUACACUGCAUGCUUGAUGUUGUGUCCUCUCAGCCCGUGUGACGAGAGGUCGUGAAAAGGCCUGCGUCCUUAUGCCAAAAAAUGAAUGAAAAGCAAAAAGUAUGCUGCUGUCACGCGCAGGGAACAAAAGCCACAGGAAGUCUCCUUUCAGCUGAGGAGGUGCAGCCAAUGAGAUUCGGCAGAUUUCUGACUCUUCACAAAGCAGAUGAGGAAAAUAAGCUGAUUUCUACAAGAUGUUUUCACAAGCGCUGUUUUGCAAAAGGAAGAUGCCAUGACACUUUGGCUGUUUACUUUCUGUUGUUUCAAGAGAUGUCAGCGUUUCUUACAUAGAACUUGAUGCAUUGUAGCCAUUACUGUGAGCCAAGCUGUGAAAAGAUGAUCGCGAAAGAGAGAGGUGGGAUCGGAAAAAAAGGGGAAACUCAGAAAGGUGACGUCUAUGUGGGAAUGUGUACCUUACAUACUCCAAGACAGAUCGCCAAAUGAUCUUCAAAGCUCAGUGAUGAGAAAAUGACAUAGCCAGAUUUCGUGUUUGAUUCAGGAAACGACAGAAUGAAUCUGAAAAAAAUUUACUUUUUGUGUUCCGGUCUGAUAUUCUGUUUGUUGGUGUACUGUAUAAAAUUUAUGAGAAAUGUUUAUUUAUUUUUCUUUCUUUUUUUUUGCAUGAAUGUACAUUUCUUUUUUUUUUUUUGAGAAAAAAAAGGCAUAAGGUUAUUUUCCUUGAGGCUGCAACUUGCAAAAAAAAAAAAAAAAAAGAAAAGAAAAAGAAUAAUGAAAAAGAGGAAGAAAAAUAGUUAAGUAUGCCCAGCUCAGCCAUUUUCAACAGUUUGUAUUAUUUUUAAUAUGAAAUUCUCUAGUGCAUGGUAUUCAAAGAGACAGAAUGCUAAGUGCUAAAGAUGUGAUUGUCAUCCUUUAAAAUAUUCUUCUGUAUUUUUACAGAUCUCAGUUACAGGUGUGGCCUGGGAAGACUUUAUAUCUCAUAAUUAUCAGGAAAAAGCAGUCUUCUACAGGAGGGAAAGAAGUGGUUGAGGAAAACAAUAAAUGUACGAGCGUAACAGUAUGAGCAAAUUGUACAUUUCUCCCAUCAGAGUCAGCCAUCAUUGGGUUCAUGUGGAGACAGAGCUGUAUAUUAUUUGAUGGGUCUGUUAUGAUUCCACUGUGUUACAGUAUGCAAGAAUGGCUCGUUCAUUCAAAGCAAGCAUGUUGAAAGGGUCUGUAACAUGGAUUGAGCACACUGUCUGAGUAAUACAGCAUGUUUUGAUAGAGACGUUGGGGAAUUUUGUGCCGUUUUGUGUACAGUGCAUGUGGACCGGAGGCGCCGCUGUCCCCUGAUCUGACCUCAUCCACAGAUUCAGACCGGGGUCGAUGUUCUUUGGUCAAUGGUUCAGACAUUCAACGCAACAUUCCACCUCUUGGCACUCAUCUUUAUUGAUAAGAAAAGACAAUAACUGACAAAAGAAAACAAAAAAGGGGGGGAAAGAGGGUAAAGAUGAUCAUUUAUAUUUAUUCAAGGUUGACUUGGAAAAUAGGUUGCAAGGAUAUUUUAUUUUAUUAUUGUUAUAAAGAAAACAAUAUAAAAACAGAUCCCAUUGAAUGGUGUUGUACGAAGACUCUGAAGUCGGAGUGGACUGGACACUGUUCUCUCUCGUCAUGUUGGUAAACACAACAGACACUGGUUGUCGAUUGAGGAUCUAGGUUCAUGGAGAUGGGAAUAUUGCCACAGAAUAUGAAUUUUUCAUUGUUUCUUGUUUUGAGAGAAUAAAUUAAUUUACUAAUUCCUAUGUCUCUGUCUUAUUGUAUUCAAAACUUGCUCACUGACGUAAA